GCCACAGUCUGUAAUACGGAAAGUCCUAAAGAAUAAUAACUAUGGCGGACUCGUCGCCGUGGACUGAUCGCCAACAUGGUGUCAACCAUGGGUCGGCUGUGUUGGACAUGCAGAUGGAAGAUGACGCAUCAGAUUAUGAAACCAACAUUACUGAUUCUCAGACUGACACAGCUAGGGAAGGUAAACCGGGAAAAUUCAUGGACGAUGUUCGUCAGAGAGUCUCCGAUAACAUGACCGAUAUGGUGUGGCAGGCAGGAAAACAAGGAGCUAAACGUGCUUGGAGUCUCUAUGGCAACAUUGAUAUCCUUCGGCCAUACUUUGAUGUCGAACCGAAGGAGGUUCAAAAAAGAUUAUUGUUCUCGCUAAUGCCAUCAAAGCCAACAAGUGAAAGACAGAGAGUACCAAAAGAGUUAUACGGGCCAACGAUGGUGAUUUUUACACUAGUGGCGUUGCUGUUAUUCCAGAUGAAAACUGCUGAACACAAAGUGGAGGAGGGCACUCUGAUGGGUUCUGCAUUCAUCGUGUGUUUCACAUACUGGUUUGGGGCGUCUGGGUUUGUUUGGUUCUUGUCCUACGUAUGCAACAUCAGAAUCGCCAUGUUACAGAUAUUGUCCAUGUUGGGUUACGGCCUAUUUGGACACUGUAUCGUUCUGUUCCUGGGUACAGUGAUACACACAUCACAUGACCACAUGUUUUUCUACUUCAUGUGGGGCUUGGUAGGAGGCUUGACUACUCUCAAAAUGGCGUGCGUCAUAUAUUCUCGAUCGAGCGGUAGGACGGAGAGGAUGAUCGUCAUUGCAGCCAUAGCCGCCUUACAUUUACUCUUUCUACUCUACUUACAUUUUGCAUAUCACACCAUUGUUGAAGAAAUAUCUGAUGCAUUGCGAGACAAAGUGGCACCCCAGCCUGCGGAACAAGAACAAGUAAAGAUGAAUGUAGAGAAAGCUGCUGAAGAUCUCAUUGAAAAAGUUACCAAACAAGCAACGAAAUUGCUGCAAAACAAGCCCUCUAUUCCACUGGAUAAAGGCAGCCUGGGGAAAGUUCUCAAUGCAACUGGAUCAAAGAUCAUGAAAUCUAUUGCGGCUAUUCCUGUUCAAGCAGGAGCAAAGGCUGAUGGGAUAGCAAUGGCCACUGUAAAAUCUCUUGGUGGUAAAGCGUACUGAUUGCAGUUGUUACAGAUCUGGGGUUUGGUUUACUGAAUCACACAUGCUUCAAUAAGCUGGGACCUUUUUAUUAUGCAAAAAUCAAGACAAGUCUUUAAAAUCUGACCGAUAGGCUGGUGAACAAGAGUAUCAUCUGAGACAAUCUGAUUCUCCAUCUGUUUCGGCUUCUAUAUUUAAUAUAUACUGUAUAUAAUAUGCAUAUGUAUAAACCCAGAGGCUGUGACACACGUAGGCUAUUUUUGGUUUUCAGCUUAUUACAGUGUUCAUUAUUCAUGGGAUUCUUGUUACAGUAUCACUGUAUAUAGUUUGUCGUUUUCAGUAUGUUGAAAUUGUUAUGGUAUUUCAGUGUAAAUGUAAUACAGUGUAAUGGGCUUUAUAUUAACUCUCAACAUUAACUUACAUCCUAUAGGAUAAGUAUGUGUUCAUUUUACUUAUCCUGUCUGUCCCAAAUGUUUCUGUUGAAAGAGUUAAAUAGUAUUGGAAAUUGGUGGGAAAUUCAUUAUCGAUCAUCAGUUAUACUCGGUUUGCAUGCCAACCAAUCAACUUUUAAUUAAACAAUCAACUUUUAAUUACACAAUCGGUUAGAAUUGCACAAACAUAAGAAGGAUUUUAGUUAUAAGAACCCUACAAAUGGCUAUUUCAUCAUUAAUAACUAAUUUUAAUGUCUUUUUUUUUUUUAAUGUACACAUGAAAACAAACACCAACUCAAUAUAUUUACAUCAGUUUAUUAUCCUCAUGGAGGAACAAUUACAGUUUACAGUUUUCCCACGAUAAUCAAUUUAGCAUUUUUAUAAUUGAUAAUUCCAUCGGUAGAGCCCUACUGAUCAAUGUUCUGUUAUUACUGGAGUCGAGCAAUGUAUAUGUGGUAAAAUAUUUGCUUGAUUAAAAAAAAAAACCUGUCAAACAUUUCACAGCAUAAAACUCAUGAAUAAAUGAUCAUGUUAUCAAUAUAUUGUAAUUAUCAGUUUACCGGUACUUGUCUGGUGGUACAAGGUGUUAGAACAGUUUAAUUGUUCUGCACCCAAAACAUCUUGUCUGGGGCGAGCAGGCAAGCAUGAAUGUAGAGCCCUGGUUGUUCAGUAAUAAAUGAUCAUGUUAU